GGAGCUGCUCGCUCGCUCGCUUUCUUGCUUGUUUGCUUGCCAGGGGAGCACGGACCCGGAAUAGGAAUCAGUUGGUCUACUGGUUCGCAAAUCUGGCGCAAGGAGCCAAAACUCGCGCAGACGCUCUCGAAUUGGCCCUAGGCCGUCCGAGAAGGCCCGCUCGCCCGCCCGGCAGCAGCAGCAAGUAGAUCCCUGCCAUAGGCGCACUCUCUGCGUGCAUCGCCUGGCACUUUGUCGUGUCUCGAGCUUUCUGCGGCCACUUGCAUUUAAGUAGGUCCGCUCGCGACUAUCGACCUCUUCAUUUUUCCCCCCUCCCUCUAAAAUUUGCGGACUUUCGAGGGGCGUCAUCUCGAUCGCAUCAUCGAAGUCCCUCCCGCCCGCCCUCCCUCCCUCCCUCCCUCCCGCGAGCGACUCGGUGGGUAGGAUCGAGCUUUUUAUGCUUCAGAUUCCGACUUUUUGCCAGUUCUUGGAGAUUCCUUGUGUGUGUAAGUGCUGCUCGGCAAAGCGUUGCAGGGUUUGGCCGCCAUGGUGACUAGCGUGGAGUUCUCGCCCAGCAUUGUCUCUUCCGGUGCCUCCUCCAAGCUUCCGGUGAAGGCUGUCGCCUCGAGCUUGUUGGACAGCGCCCCCGUCGCCAGCUUGCCGGAGGACAUUCCUCUCGACGCCUUGAAAGUGAUCUGCCCAUCGGAUUUGGGGAAAGAAAUCUCGUCGUCCUCCGAGGAUGAGGCCGAUGUCGUCACGAAAGCCAACGGUGCUGCUUCUAAAGUCGACUCCGAUACUCUGGUUCUCGGAAAGAAUUUCCAUGAUUUCUGUUUGACGAUCACGGAACCCGAGUUUGACGAUGAUGUCACCGGUGAGAAGGACGCCUACAUGGCCGGAGUCUUGGCCCGCUACAGAAAAACACUUGUCGAAAGAACCAAGUAUCACCUGGGUUACCCUUACAAUUUGGACUUCGACUACGGAGCUCUGUCUCAAUUACAGCACUUCUCCAUCAACAAUUUGGGUGACCCGUUCAUAGAGAGCAACUAUGGUGUACAUUCCAGACAAUUCGAGGUCGGAGUUCUUGAUUGGUUUGCCCGCCUUUGGGAUCUCGAGAAGGAUGAGUACUGGGGUUACAUCACAAAUUGCGGUACAGAAGGGAACCUUCACGGCAUUCUGGUCGGGAGGGAGGUUUUCCCCGAUGGAGUGCUUUACGCUUCAAAAGACUCUCACUACUCGGUGUUCAAAGCAGCACGCAUGUAUAGAAUGGAUGUAGUGAAAGUCGAGACUUUGCUAUCAGGAGAGAUUGACUGCGUUGACUUGAAGCACAAGCUGAGCGAGAAUGCUGACAGGCCUGCAAUUCUCAAUGUGAACAUUGGUACCACUGUGAAAGGAGCCGUCGAUGAUUUGGACCUUGUACUCAAGACUCUCGGCGAGGCUGGUUUCGCUGAAGAUCGGUUCUACAUCCAUUGUGACGGUGCUUUAUUCGGUCUCAUGAUGCCUUUCGUGAAGAAGGCCCCAAAGGUUUCGUUCAAGAAGGCCAUUGGCAGUGUCAGUGUAUCAGGACACAAGUUUGUGGGAUGUCCGAUGCCGUGUGGAGUACAAAUUACACGGAUGGAGCACAUCAACGUGCUAUCGAAGAACGUCGAGUACUUGGCUUCUAGAGAUGCCACCAUUAUGGGGAGUCGAAACGGACACGCUCCCAUCUUUCUAUGGUAUACACUCAAUAGGAAAGGUUACCGUGGUUUCCAAAAGGAAACUCAACGGUGCUUAAGGAAUGCUCACUACCUGAAGGAAUGCCUCAGAGCUGCGGGCUUCGGUGUUAUGCUUAACGAGCUCAGCAGCACGGUCGUUUUUGAACGUCCUCACGAGGAAGCAUUCGUUCUGAAGUGGCAACUCGCCUGUCAAGGCAAGAUAGCACACGCUGUGGUGAUGCCGAGCGUGACAGUUGACAAAUUAGACAAAUUCGUGGCAGAAUUGAUCGAGAGUCGACAAAAAUGCUUCCCUGACGGUAACGUUGUGGUUCCCUGCAUUGUCGAGGAAGUCGGUCCCGAGAACUGUGCCUGCAAUGAGCACAAGAAUGUUCAAGCGUCUGCUGAAGCACAGAUGUUUCAGUACUGAAGGGAAGAAACUGGUUUGUGUUAAGAUUAUUAGCUAGUUCCCAUUUGUAAUCUUCAUAGAAUUCGUCCCUCUUGGACUCAAGCAGACAUUGCAUGUCUCCUUGGUCCUCUCUGUAAAUAUGAGGUUUGAUCCAGGGACAGCGUUUAGACUGGAGGUUCGGUUUUCCCCCUAUCUCACCACUCAACUGAGUGAGUAUCUUCCAGUCGAGUAGUGAUAUCGGGCGGUCGGAACUUUCGCAUAGAUUCGUUGGAAGAUUGUUAGAACUUAGUGGUUGUCAUCAUUUUUUGUAUCACUACUACUCUUGGAGUGGAAUAUAGACUGUAAACCUAUACCGGUCCCGAGUACGAUGGUUGGACUCAUGUAAUGAGAGCGAAGGGUCCAUUUCGUUCUGUGGCAUACUCUCUAACUCUUUACAAUUUUAAAGAUUAUUGUAAGAGCCCAACCAUACAGUAGAGAGAGUCAGCUCAAACUUGUACUUAUAGUCAGCUGAUUCAAAUGUGCGAGUAAGCAGCGAUACUAUCGUAAAAUGACAACGCACAAAUUCAACAUGUACAAACCGGUACCUUUCA